AUGAUCCUGAUGUCAGGUCAGUAUGAUUUCAGCGUCACCUGGCAACCGUUUCUGCUGCACCCUGAAUGUCCUAAAGAAGGUAUUCCCCAUCAUCAUCCGCCUGGAGGCGACCCGAACGAUCCUGGAGUGGAACUCUUGAAGGACAUAGGGUGUGAUCUAGGAAUUGAAUUCCACUUCCGCUGUCCUGUUUGGCCUAAUACCGUCAUGGCCCAUAUCUUGGUAGAGUAUGCGAAAACCGUCAACGAUGGCGCCUUACAUGGACAGGUGGUGGAUCGUCUGUUUCAGCUCUAUUUCACCAAGGGACGAGCAUUGGCAAAGCGACAUAUAAUCGCUGUGGCAGAAGAUUUCGGCUUUGAUUUGAAUGUUGUAGAGAAGCUCAUUGAGGAUCCCGACAGAGCAGAAGAAAUCAAACAGAAGGCUGCAGUAUGGCGCACCAUGGGCAUCGAAGCCAUACCAUUCAUCUUCAUGAACGGGCACUCCAUGUUUUCCGGUGAUCAGGAUGAGGCGGCUCUGAUAAACACCAUCACCAAAGUGGCUCAGAAGUUUCCGCUGGGACAUGGUGACACGUGUCUGUAA